GCCAUUUCCGGGGCGGUGGGAUCGGGAGAGGGAGAGGGGCCGGGACCGGGGUCGGCAUCAUGGGGAAGUCGGAUUUCCUCAGCCCCAAGGCGAUCGCCAACCGCAUCAAGUCCAAGGGGCUGCAGAAGCUGCGCUGGUACUGCCAGAUGUGCCAGAAGCAGUGCCGCGAUGAGAAUGGCUUCAAAUGUCAUUGCAUGUCUGAGUCCCACCAGAGGCAAUUGCUGCUGGCUUCUGAAAAUCCUCAGCAGUUCAUGGACUACUUCUCUGAGGAGUUCCGAAAUGAUUUCCUAGAACUGCUCAGGAGGCGAUUUGGAACAAAGAGAGUCCACAAUAAUAUUGUGUACAAUGAAUACAUCAGCCACCGAGAACACAUCCACAUGAAUGCCACACAGUGGGAGACACUGACUGACUUCACAAAAUGGCUUGGGAGAGAAGGUCUUUGCAAGGUUGAUGAGACUCCCAAAGGCUGGUACAUUCAGUACAUCGACAGGGACCCUGAGACUAUUCGUAGGCAACAAGAACAAGAGAGGAAGAAGAAACAGGACCUUGAUGAUGAAGAAAAAACUGCUAAGUUCAUUGAACAACAAGUUAGAAGAGGUUUGGAGGGGAAAGAACUGGAAAUGCCUGUCUAUACUGAACUGAACAGAGAAAAUGAAGAAGAAAAAGUUACUUUUAAUUUAAACAAAGGAGCAAGUACUUCAAUCGCAGCAUCUUCUAAAACAAGCAGUGUCCUUGGACAGAAUGCACUGAAGAUGGUGGAGGGGGCAGUUAAAAGAAAGGAAUCAGCUCAUAGCUCUAGUCAACCCAAAGAGAAGAAGAAGAAAUCUGCACUGGAUGAGAUCAUGGAGCUUGAAGAGGAGAAGAAAAGAACAGCUCGAAGAGACUACUGGUUGCAGCCUGAAAUCAUUGUAAAAAUUGUAACGAAAAAGCUUGGAGAGAAGUAUCACAAGAAGAAGGCAGUUGUUAAGGAAGUGAUUGACAAAUACACAGCGGUCGUGAAGGUGAUUGACUCUGGAGACAAACUGAAGCUUGAUCAGACACAUCUAGAAACUGUAAUACCUGCACCAGGCAAGAAAGUGAUGGUAUUAAAUGGUGGGUACAGGGGAAAUGAAGGCAUCUUGGAAUCCAUCAAUGAAAAGAGGUUCUCAGUGACAAUAACCAUUGACUCUGGACCUUUAAAAGGACGCCGGGUCGAAGACAUCCAGUAUGAGGAUGUUUCCAAACUCGCCUGAGGUGCUAAUCGUGGAUCAGAGAAGAUUUUGGUUCCCAAAACCAUCUUUCUGACAUCUUUCAGGCAGACACAAGACUCUACCAUGUCAGGGUUUUAAUUGUGUGUGUAUUUAUAAUGUAUAUAGAAAUUAACAGAAGCAAACUUGAUCUAUUUAAAGAUAGCGGUGGAUUUGUUACAUGAAAUGUUUGUGGAAAUAUUAUCAGUGGAGAUUUUUCGUCUGAUUCUAUAUCGAAGUUAUAAUAUUUGCUUCAAUUUCCUGUUGUAAAAUAUAGGAGAGAGCUGCAAGCUGGAGUAUUUUAUUUACUGAAGUCAGUGAGCAGGUCCAGAAGAGAGAAUUAGCUACAGGUAGGCAGAGUGUGUCAGAGCCAGUGGAGUUUAAACAACACCCUUCUCAAUCCACAGUGAAAACGGAGCUCUGGCUGUAGGAACAAGGGAAGGGAUUGGGGGAAUAGCAGGAAGGUACCAGUGCUGCAGGAGAUUAUUCCCUGGAUGCUCUGAGAAUGGUCUGGUUUAUUAAGUGCUGUCACCAGUUUAUUUUUGAGUAGCACACAGGUGGUAGUAGAAUGCAAGUCAUUGCUCCAAUAUGUUUGUCAGGGUUCCUGAUAAUAUUAAUAUGCAGUUUAUCUCCAUAUGGACUCUGUAUGGAGUUACUCCAUGGAUGUUGCUUGUGGGGUUUCUAGGAUGCCACGUAAAGCGUGUGCAUGUAGGAGCUGAUGGUUGCUCUCCUGGUUUUCCAGAGCCUUUUCCUUUGUUCAUGCUUCUGUUGUUGCUCUGCUACAUGAGUAACAUUACUUGUGCUAAAUGAUACAACAUUACUUGUUUUAUUUUUUUAAAAAAGUCACAUUUUAUACAAUGUUUAAUUUCUAAGGCACUUCAGGAAUAAACAUAAACCUUUUCUUAGGCCAGUGUCUUUCUUAUCAGCCUUUCAAAUGCAUGAGGCAGCUCUUGGUUUAAAUCCACCAAGGAGCACAGUGAAGUGCUUGGUUGGUGCACCACAUUAUUUGGGUGAAAAAAAGAUGCAGGUUGUCCUGAACAAAAUAAAACCCAUCACCUGAAGGUCCAGUCUGAAGGUUCUGUGACUCUGGAACCUCUUCCCUUUCCUUGCCUUGGAAGGUCACUGUCUUGUUGGUUUGUGGUUUCCAGGGGACCCUACAGGAAACUGGAAGUCUACAGAGGUUUAAGGAAACAGCUGCUGUCUGAAGUAGCCCAAACCAACCUCACACAGGACAUCAGGUGGCUUUUCAGGGUUCCUGGGCAUGAAGAAUGGAGAGUUAUGAGAACUGGAGGCAGAAAAUACACUUGUCUGUAAAUUUGGGCUCUUUGUACAACCUGGACUGUGUGAACAGCUCUGCCCUUUCUCAAAAGACAGGUACUGAGGGAGAGGAGAUGUGUAGGGGAAUGAUGAACAGAAGAGCUUCUGUAUCACUGAAAAUAAUUACACUUGGCAUUCUGGAACCUGACAAAUUAGAGUGAAUAUUGUAGACAAGUCAUAAAUUGUGUGGAGAAGACCAGAGAAUGGUUACUCACUGUUUGUGUUCACAUACAGGCUAGGAAAUGGUGGAAUUACUGAUUUUGGGAUUUAAAAACACACUCAGGGGUUUUUCCUCUCCUCACCUAGAGCCUUGUUAAACUGGGGCACUGGCUGCUAUGGGAUGUUGAAGAGGCCAAAGCUGAUGGAUGAGUUCAAAGAAGUGAUAAAUGGUUUGUAAGAAGUUGCUGACAGUUCUGAGAGUAACUUUGAAGAGACACUUUAAAACCAUAUUGGUCCUCUGACUCCUGACACAGCUGCAACAAAGAUCCCAUGACAGCUUAGAGUGCCUAAGUGAAGGAAACCAAAGUUCAGAAGGGCAAGGAGACUGCUUGAGUCCCUUUCCUGGAUUAGGGCUGCUGAAAAGGAUAUGGCCAAUGUUUUUUUCUAAGGUUACCAGAAAGCAGAGUUUUAAAUCCAGCUCUUGGUACACAGACAGGCAUAUUUGUUCCACUGCUGAUCUCAUUCAUUGCUGAA